ACGACUAAUGAUAGCCAUAAAGUCAGUUAGCCGGAUCAACUGAAUAGGGGAAAGCAAAUCUACUGAGUUCAGUCGUGCAUCGGCACUUGUUCUGCGUGGUUGUGCGCGUUUGUUUGCUUGGGCUUCACAUCAAAGGGUUAGGGAGUCCGCUGCGCGUUAGUGCGCCAUCUAGGUCUGAAACGGUGGAACUAGCGACGAUCGCGCGCGAUCCUUCCUUCGUCGUUCGUCGUAGAUUGCGCGUGAGUGAAAUUUUGAAAAGUCUCGAGGGCGCGUGAUACUCGAUGCAGCAGAGUUCGAUCGGACCGUCAGUUGUAGUUUGACCGCCGUGGGAUUAAGUCGUUCGAGAUCGAGACUUCCGAGCGUGUGUGUGCUGAGUGUGGAUCAAGUGGAGAGAUAAGAAGGAAGUAUUAACAGAAGAAUAGAAAACCGACGACACGGGAUCGACUUUUUUGGAAGGUCGAAGACGAAAGGAUUAAGUUACACGCAUUUGAAACAGCGACGAGUGAGGAUCGAAGUGGCGUGGUAAUCGGGAGAUUUUGUGGUUUCCAGACCGAGAAAGUCGAUCGAUCACGAGGUGGAUCAUAAGGCGGAAGCAUGAAGAGAUUUGGAAGGGGUCAGUGCAAUCCGAGUUCCCAGCCGUGGUCACCGUGGUCUUCGGUCAGACGGUGAGAAAAGAUUUUGUGGUGAUCGAUCUACGAGUGUAAGGUGAUCCUCCCAACAACUACAAGUGUGUGAAAGAUUAUGAUCGAAACAGGUGAAACAUGAUGAUCGUGAUCUGUGAAUAACAAAAAUAAGAUUGAAAGGAGUCAACGAGUGUUCGAGUCGUCAGAAGUGAGAAGAUUCGAAAAAUGCAACGGAUUUUGGGCGAUCCCAGCAAGGGGGGUUACUGUCCAGUGGUACUGAUCGCGUUGAUUGUAGUGGGACUUGCAAGUCCAGACCAAGUGGAAGCCCUAACGGAAGUGGAACUGGAGGAUGACUACCUCGUCGCGACCAAGGAGUUCGAGCAGCAGUGUAUUCAUCGAUGUCCGGAUCAGAACCGAACCGGCUUCAACGAGCAUAUCGACGUCAGCUGUGGCAGUGAUUGCUACAUCACACAGUGCGGCCAUGGCUGUCGACUGUGGGAGAAAGCGCUGGAAUCCUCCUGUCAGAAUGUUUGCAACAAGACUGAUCAAGAGCUCUUCGAGCCGAAGGAGCUGUACUGCGUUAUGGGGUGUAACGAUGCGUUACAACGGUACUUCAAGUGGCUCAAGUCGGAGAUCGGGUCACCGCCGGCGCCAGCGCUGGUGGCCGACAGUUUGACAGCUACUUCGCUGUCGCUGGAGUGGAAGAUCCCCGACCGUCUGGUACAGCUCUCGCGGCACAAGGAUCACGCCCCUCGGAGCUACCUAGUGCAGUGGCGUUACGAGGAAGUCGCCGGAGACUGGAAGUUCUGCCGGAACCAGAGCAUGGGCGACAACUCCACCAUUCGGGUGGACAACCUGCAGCCGUACACCAAGUAUCGGUUCCGGGUAGCCUUGAUCCUGUCACCGAACCGCGACGACGCCCUCAUCUCGGAGCAGAGCGUCAUCAUCCUGACACUUCCGCAGGGAGUUCCGACGUCGGAGCCGAAAAUUGUACGAGCCGUAGCGGUAGAUCAUUCACGAAUAUCCAUCUCAUGGGAACCCGGACCGUUCCCGAACGGUCCCAUCCUCUCAUACGUGCUCCAGAUAACAGAUCUCGAUUCCGAAGACUACAGUGCCCUCAAGGACAUCCCCGAGUCCAACACGUCUCGCUACUACAUUUACGAGAAGCUCAAACCCGAGCGCAACUACUCCGUAUCGGUAUCCAUGCGCAACCCCGAAGGCGAAGGUCCUCGCUCAACGACCUUCGUCAAAACACUACCCCAACCUCCGGACCAGGAGGAAGCCAUCAACCCCACCCUCAUACUGUGCGCUGACCGCUCUGUCCUCUUACAAAGCUCCAACAUGUUCACCGACAGGCCUUCCUACUUCUACCGUAGCAAAGUGCACGUAAUCCGAGGCACCGCUAUCCACAUCCGCCGCAACCUCAUCUUCAUCUCCGAUGACGCCGGCUACAUCUACAAAACUCCCCUGAAAGCAGCCGAGCGCAACCGAACCGCCAUUUUCAACCCGGACGCGGGCCAUAACUUCCGCCCAACGCUCCUCUCCAUAGACUGGCUGAACGACCACCUCUACAUCCUUGGCUACGUCAAAGCCACCGACAUGUGGCAGAUCUCCCGGUGCGACCUGAACGGCGAUCGCAUGACCGUCGCCUACGCCGGCCUUCAGAGCGAACCCGCCCACUUCGAGGUGGACCCCUUCAACGGCUACCUCUUCUGGGUGAUCAGCGGCUUCGGCAAGGACGCCGGUCUAUUCCGCCUGGACCUCGGCGACAUCUCCAACGGCGUCAAACACGAAAUCAGUCCUCACCGCUUGAACAACCUUCACAACCUCGGUGCCUUCACGAUCAACCACGCCAACUUCCGCGUCCUGGUUUCCGACCAAACCAACAACACGGUCCUCUCGAUCUCCCUCGACGGCUCCAUCACCGAGGACAUCCGCAAGAACACGGAGCAGGCUCGCUUCGGCAAGGUCAAGUCGAUCGUCCUCGUCAACGGCCUGUUCUACUGGACCAACGGCAAGGACGUGUUCGUCGAGGAUCACCACAAAACGUACGACCGGUACUACCACAACACGAUCUCGAUCGAAACCAACAUCACCUACCUCAGCAUCUAUGUGAACCUUUCGUCCGCUCAACCCGUUCCGACUCCCGUCAACCCUCCGAGAAACGUUCAAGCCCUCCUCACCAACAGCAAAAUCAAGAUCUUCUGGAACGUUCCGCAUCUCCUCGGUAUCAAGGGUAAGGGAGCGUGGCAGGAGUGGCGCUACGUGCUGGAGGUGAUCGACGGCAAGAAGAUACGGAACAUCAACGGGACGACGUUCAUCUCGGAGGAGCUGGCGCUGGUUAGUCCGGGGCAGGAGUACCUGAUCAAGGCGGCGGCCUACACGGAUGCCGGUCAGGGACCGUGGAGUUCCGAGUUUCGGGUGCGGACGCUGAAGGACACGCACAAUCGCCAUCUGGUGUGGUCCAGUAGCGAGGGCAUCCUGCGAAGUGACGUUAUCGGGGACAGUGUGGAGACGCUGAUUGGGCGAUCGGAACUGGAAGAUGGAGAGGUUACGGAUAUCGGGUGGUUUGAGAACAUUCUGUACGUUGUCAGCAGUUCGACGUUGAUGUUCUACAAUCAGAGUGAGGGCGGUGUGACCAAGUUACGGGAAAUGGAGUCCGUGGAGUGCGUGGCAGUGGAUUGGAUCGGACGGAGGUUGUACUAUUAUAAUCCUUCGCAGCAGAUGAUCAUGCGGAGUAGCUUGCACGGGGAGCAGCCGGAGCUGAUUCAUAACGUUAACAACGUACGCUCGAUCAAGUUCGACGCGCUGAGAGGGUUCAUAUACCACUUCACUGCUUACGUGGUGGAAGCGUUCCGCUUGAACGGAAAGGACAGACACAGCUAUUACAUGGAGAAUAAUCGGUUCGCCGGGAAGGAGGUCAUAGGGAUGACGUUGGACAUGGACAGCAAGAAGGUUUACUGGAUCGUGCGAGCUAUGAACAACUUGGAGGUGUUCAGCGCAAACAUGGCUGGAACGGGAUCACCCAAAGCCAUCUCCACCAUAGCCGUCCUGUCCGAUCAACACUCCGUAGGCCCUCUAACACACUUCAGCGAUCGCCUGCUGUGGCUACAAAAAGACGAGAUCGUCGUAGGAGACCUCCAAGCGGAGAACCUCGCCCACAUCAAGAACCAGAAGCUCAACGGGACACGUGCCUUCGCCAUCAUCGAUCCAGCUCAUCACGUCUACCCGGAGGACAACCGCAAGAUCAACGUCCUGCCCGCUCAGGUCAACGACAGCUCCAUCCGCAUCCACGGCACCUGGAAGAAGUUCCAGAUCGUGUGGGAUCCCGUCUCCAACGUAGACUACGGCAAAGUGUUCUACAAGCUCACGAUCAAAGUCGCCGGCCGUCAAGAAGAGAUCCUCGAACUGUCCAAACCCAUCCACCCCUUCGUCAUCUCCGGAGCUAACCACAUCACUCCGCACACGGAGAUCAACGUCACCAUCAGUGCCUUCACGUACUGGCGAUCCUCCCCAUCUUCCUCCGCGCGCCUCUUCAGCCCUUCAGGCAAACCUUCUCAACCGACGCGCCCCCGUGUCUACGUGCGGCACUUCAUCGAUCCGAUCAUGGACACGCACAACAUCGAAGCCAUCUUCCGGUGGUCCCCGCCGGAGACUCCCAACGGUCCCAUCAUCGCCUACAAGGUGCACUGCUGGUACGAAGAGGACGGCGUCGCCAACCAUGUCCUCCUGGGCGACCGAAUCAACGGGACGGAGAAGAUCGUCCGGGAUCUGCUGCUCAACGUCACCUACUUCUUCCGGGUACAGGCGGCUACGACCGCCCGGGACAGCGAAAUGACUCCGGUGCGGGCGGUGGACACCGGGGAGGAUCAUCCAGUGCCUCAGGCACUCAUCGGAACCAGAGAUCACAUCAUUCGGAUGGACUUCGAUACGAAGAACUGGACGUACUUGGUGGGGACAUCGACGCCGGUUAGGUUCCUGGCUCGGUUGGCUCGGGAGCGGAAGCUGUUUUGGGUCGAUGAGAACAACGAGCUCUUCCAGUACGAUGGGUUGACGAAGCUGAAACUGUACUCGAUCAGCGGAGCGGUGACAGCUUUGACCGUAGACUGGAUCCAACGGAUACUGUAUUGGUCGCAGCGGGAGCUGAUCGGAAGCGCGAUCUUCGCGUUCGAUUUGAGCCGGUUCGAGCACGAAGGAGUCCACCUGGAGAAGAUCGAGCACAGGGCUGGGUAUAUCAGUAACUUAGUCGUGUCGCCUUUCGAUCGGAAGCUGUUCUGGGUGGAGCAAGUGCCGGAAAACGUGAUCUUCAUGCACAGCUUCAAUGAGAACAGGACGAGAGAGUUUUUCGACGAUAGCUUCGAGGAAUGUCCCAAUAGGACGGCCGGCAUUACGGUGCAUCCGAUGCUAACGCUGCAGACCUCGGUCAGUGAAGAGGCCAAGCUGUUUUGGGGUGAGACCGGUCUCCGUUACGUCGGAUUGACCAACAGGACCUGUGUGAACUUCGGGUUGGAGUACUAUCCGAACAUGACGAGCAUCGCCAAGGACAGCGAUCACUUCUACUGGUUAGACGGCAACGACACGAUCGUACGGAUGGAUGAAACCGGAGAUCAGAAAACAAUUGCGAUCCCUUACGCACGGACACUGCUCCCCUUACAGCUGCAGUACUUCCCGGAGCGGCGUUGCUUGAUUCCACUGCAGAAAGAUCAGGACUAUCAGGCUAAUCUGCUGCAGCGUACGGAGAACUCGUUGACUUUGCUGCUGCCGAAAGCGGAAGUCUACCCGAACUGUUCCACUCAGCCCAGUGGAAUCCGGUACGUGAUCUUCUACGAGGAAUUAAGCGAGAAGAACCUCAAUGGGACGAUCGACUGCAGUCCCAGAAGUUGCCUCCAAGUCAGUUCCUACGAUCGCAGCAAGACCAUCGAAGGGUUGAAGCCCUUCACCAAGUACAAAUUCCAGGUGAUGUUGAUCAACUACUACCAGGAGCACUACAAAGAGGUUGCCGAGCUGGACAGCCCUCGGAUGGGUUCGACCACGGUGUUCAGUACGGCUGCGGGAGCUCCUUCCAAGCCGGAGAACGUCUACGCGGAGGCUAUCAGCCCAACGGAAGCCAUCGUGCAUUGGACACUGUCGGCGGUGAAGAACAGCGAUCGCGUCUGGUACGAGAUCCACUGGCAGACGGAGAACAUCCACGACGGGGUGAAGAACAAGCAGCAGCGGGUGAUCGGAGACUACAACGACCUACAGGGUAACGUCACGAUCAAUCUCACUCGCUUGCAACCGAACCACGCGUACGUCAUCUGGGUACAAGCGUACUCCACCGAUACGAUGUUUACCGUGAGCGAUCAGACGAAGAUCGUUACCUUCCCGGAGCCGGACGAUAUCCACCUGGUGUACAACUCGUCCACGGAGCUGAGUAUAAGCUGGGUGCCACAUCAACACAUUUUCCGGUACAAGAUCCAGUAUUCGGCCGUCGGCAGCAAGUCCUGGGUGACGAUCUUCGAAACGGGGGUCAACGAAACCACCCCCGAGAACGACGAAUUCAAAGUGACCGGCCUACAACCGAAGACCCAGUACCGCUUCAUCGUGCUGCUGUUCUACCCGAACCGUCAGGAUCCGUACGUGUGGCCUCCCGAUGCACGGUUCGUCUACGAAACCGACGCGGAUCAUCCCAGUUCUCCGGGUCGUCCGAUCGUGACACAACUUCGCCAGGACAUCUACAAAGUGUCCUGGGAACCAGCAAAGGACAACGGAGCCGUCAUUCUGGAGUACGCCCUGGAAGCUCUGGUGCGAUCACCUCGUAAUACAAAUAGGGUCGAACGCAGCGUUGAACAACUGGAAGAAGACGACGACUCCGAGGAGAUGAAUAACACGAUUCCGACGCGCAUGGACGUCAUUACCACGGACAGCCAAGAGUACGUGACCUUCGACGAACGUUGGGACCUGGUGUACAACGGAACCGACGUCUACUGGAUCAUUCCGGAGAAGUUGACUUUCCACAAGAACAAGUUCCGAGUCCGCGCCCGCAACUCUUGCGGCUGGGGUCCAUUCAGCGGUGAGAGCGAUCCCAUCAGCGAACCGCUGCUCUCCAGCCAAACCGGUAGCUACCUGAUGAUCGUGGUGGUGAGCAUUUGCGCGAUCGUCAUAGUGUUCUUCGUACUGAUCUGCGUCUUUGCGUGCCGUCGGGCCGAGCUUAAAAAGAAAAUUCUAAUCGAUGCAACCACUACUCGCAUUCCAGAUGUGGAGCUGGCGAACCUUCGCGAGCUGCCACGCCGAGGCAAUUUCAUUCACAGCAACAACAUCCUGUACAGCUCGAGCCCGCUGACGGACUCGGAGAUCGCGCUGCUGCCGCAGAUCCGUCGGGAACAGAUCUCGAUGACCAGUUCGCCGUUCCUGGGUAGUGGAGCAUUCGGAGAAGUCUACGAAGGUAUCGUCAAGGGAGUUGGAGGCGAAGCAGAGACACGAGUUGCGAUCAAGACGCUACGGAAGGGAGCCACCGAGCAGGAGAAAGCCGAGUUCCUGCAGGAAGCUCACCUGAUGAGCAACUUCAAGCACAGGCACAUUCUGAAGCUGAUAGGAGUCUGUCUGGAUCUGGACUCGCUGUACAUCAUCAUGGAGCUGAUGCAGGGAGGUGACCUGCUAAGUUACCUGCGCUCAAACCGACCAACGCCUGGAAUCCCUUCAUCGCUGACCCUCUUGGAUCUGAUUUCGAUGUGCGUGGACGUGGCGACGGGUUGCCGCUAUCUGGAGGAGAUGCACUUUGUCCACCGGGAUCUGGCCUGCCGAAACUGCUUGGUGUCCUCCAUGGAUCCGAAGGAGCGAGUGGUCAAGAUCGGAGACUUCGGACUGGCCAGGGAUAUCUACAAGAACGACUACUACCGGAAAGAGGGUGAAGGACUUCUGCCUGUAAGGUGGAUGUCUCCGGAGAGCUUGGUGGAUGGGGUGUUCACGUCGCAGUCGGACAUUUGGGCGUUCGGAGUACUGCUAUGGGAGAUCAUGACCCUUGGACAGCAGCCUUACCCGGCGAGGAACAACGUCGAAGUGCUGCAUUACGUACGGGAUGGUGGUCGACUCGGUCGACCACAGGACUGCCCAGAUAAACUGUAUGACCUGAUGCUCAAGUGCUGGAGCUAUUCUCCGGAUGAUCGGCCGACCUUCCGCUACCUACUGGAAGUCCUGAAAAAUCUCAAGGAAGAAACCAGCGACUCGAUCAAAAUCACAUCCCAGUUCCCUUGCAAGGUUCAAAACGGUGCGGUGUUUAACCGAUCCUAUCUGCUUUCCGACAUCAAUCACAACCCGUUCAUGGCAGAUAUAAAGUUCGUCGGGAACAGUGGCAGUGGUGGCGGGUUCAUCAUAACUCCACCGACUUCGUCGAGUGGCGGCAGCGGGGCCACCGUGAUGACCACGACGAUCCCCAAGUACCUGGAGCUGGUCUACGACGACAGCCAAUGUCAGAACAGCAAGUGUUCGACGGGUGAGGACGUCCCGCUGACCGUGGGCUUGCCUCCGGCUUCGCCGCAGCAGAACCAGGUCAUGCCCACCGACAACGGGUACGAGAUCCCGAUCAACGAGAUCCUCCUGAGGCAGCACUCCAGCAACAGUAUCAAAGGCCGGACGUUCUCCAAUUCGUCUACGGUGAGCAACGUCAGUACGCUUCCGGCGGUGGUUACUCCGACCGGGGCGUCCUCGUCCCACAAUCCGGACGACUGCUCCAGCUUGGAAGCGCUGCUUCCGAUGAACUCGAUUCUCACCGUGAAGCUUCCCCCGAGCGAAGACGAACCUCCGACGACCUUCGACGGUGGUGUAGACUACAGCGAGACGGUGGCGCAGUCUACCGUGGAGACUAACGAAACUAGUAUUAACAGCGAACAUCUUCCGAUCGCAGCAGGAUCCGGUGAGGACGACCAGAGCAGAUCGGUUUUGUGAAUCUCUUCUCGAAGUUCAAGAAGUCGACAACCCUUAACUUACAUUCCAAAGAAGCGAUUAACUACCAAACAGCUAGCCUAUUAAGUGACCGACUCUCCGAACUGACUCUAGCAAAAUUUUCCAGAAAACCAUUUGUACAUAUCUCCUUCAAGAAUCCCCCUAAAACCCCUUCACAACCCUUUUAGCACCGUUAAGUAACCACUAGGCCUAGGUUAAGUACCGCAAUAUCAGUGUUCUCGUCGCCAAAUAGAAGGAGUCUUCCACGCUGGAGUUGGACUUUGCCGGACUUUCCGGAGAAUCCAUCUCCAUAAAGCGCAGGAGGCUUCUGUGUAAAAUUUUCCUACUAGGUUUAAGUAGGUAUGUUGUAAAUAGAUCCAAAGAACGUUACGCAUCACAUCACAUCACAUCACAUCCCGAACUUGAAUGGAUGGAAAUCCUAGUGUUGUAAAUAGUUUGCUCGAAGGUUUCAUUCGUUUUAUUAGAUUGCACGACUAUGACGUUAUCGUCGGGUAUAAGUGACAAUAGUGGCAAUACCUUCUUCACCCUUAUAUUAAAGGUGAAGUUUUUUUGUUUCCAAGUGUUGGAGCAAACGAAUAAUGUUGAACAACAGUUUAAAACCUUUAAAUUUACAUUCUACAAAAGCUAGCGUACUAUUUUCUUCUACAGAUCUACUUCUACACUUACAAUAAAUUAUUGUCGUUUAUGCUUUAUCAUGUUUAUAGUUUUCAAAUCAUUUGCGCUAGGGUUAGGAGUAAAAAACAAACCAAAAAUACAAUUUUAUAGUGUUAAUAAAAUGAU